AUGGACCAGAGCCUCGCCAAUGUCUCCAGAGUGGAGGACAACCCACUUCUGACAUGGCAACCGGCCGACACACUGCAGCUCAGGAAAGAUGGAGCCCUCACUCCCCUCACGGACCCCUCCGAGUCUGAGAGGAGUGGCAUCGUCCCAGCUCUGGUGGCGGCAGGUCUGUUCAUCACCCUCCUCCUGGCUCUCUACACGGUUCUGUGGAAGUGCAUGGACUCCAGGAUCCCAGAGAAAAAGAAGAGCAGGUCCAGAUGUAGAGCUGCUCAGACCGACACAGUAUGA